AUGAAGUCGGUUAAAUUUAUUCGGAGUGUGUCUGCGUGCGAACUCAACUGUAAACCGGCGGAGGGAUGUCUCAACAUGUGCGGGAUGUGUCCAUCGUGCGUGUUUGCCCCCAAACCACCGGGUUCCACUCCGUGUGUGUGGAAGGUGUCGGAUGAAUUCAGGAGGAGAUUCCUAGUGGAGCUUCUUUUACGCUGCAGAAACGUCCAAGUGCUCGAAAACAUCCAGAAUGUGCUGGGUGUAACAUCAUGGACUUUGUUCACUUAUGCCAGGUCAAGAGGCCCGACUUCGCCUCAGGAUCACCCCUGUCGCAGCACAGACCGAGCUCUGGAUGGGAAACCACUUGGCAUGGAUAUAAAUGAUGUCUGGGACUGGUUCAGCAGCAGUCCAGACUGGAUGAAAUCAUGCUAUCUUUGCCGUCUCUUUUCACUUUGUGACUCGGAACUUUUACGCAUGGUGUCCAACCUAACCAGCGUGCUCCUGGUCAGGCAAAAACGAGGGUUUCUGCAGUUUAACUGUAGCCGCAAUACCAAUCAGUUUGAUCAGGACACUGAUGAAGACUCAGAGGACCCUGCUCUCAUGGUGGUGCCUGGAUCUUCAAAGUCUGUGUCUGGAGUCAGCCGAUACAGAGACUUCAUAGGCUGCCUACCUGUUGACCUGUCAAAGAGGAUACUAGGGCUGUUAGAGGAACAUACUUUAAGACGCUGCGAGAAGGUUUGUCAAUACUGGCAGAACCUUGCAAAAGAAACCAUGGAGGAAAUCAAGUUCAGAAGACAUUUCCAGGAUCAAAUUAAGACGAUGAUGAAGGUCAAACCAUUUGAAGCUGCUUAUGCCAAAAUCAAAACCAAAACCGUACAAAUGGAAGAGCGAAAUGUGUAUUGUGGUGCAUAUUUUACCAAAGUGCUGCUGAACAAAGAAGACCCUCACAGGGUGGUGGACUACAGAGGCAGAUCAUUUAUGGCCACGGGUUCCAAGGACCGUGCGGUGCAUCUGUUUUAUGUGGCGUCAGAAACGAAAGCCGUGUCUGUGAUGAAGGGCCACAUUGGCAGCAUCCGGGCUGUGCUGCUCUGUGAGGACAGAGACCUGGUGAUAACUGCCAGCUGUGACGCCAGCAUCAGGUGUUGGAGUUUGAAGACAGACCGGUGUGAGAUGGAGCUGUAUGGUCACACUGGCACUGUCAACUGCCUGGAUGUCCACGCUGAUAGGCUUGUCUCAGGGGCUAAAGACUGUUUAGUAAAAGUGUGGAAUCUACAAACAGGAAAUCGUUUUGAGGAUUUUAAUUUCAAGCACCCAAGCUCUAUCCAGUGUGUGAAAAUCAACACAACCACAGUCUAUAGCAGCUGUGAUCGGGGCCUUGUCAAAAUAUGGGACAUGGAGAAGGCAUCACUGCUCAGGGUGAUCGAUGCCCACAGGAAGUCAGUGAAGUGCCUGUUCUUCGACGAAUGGCAUCUUCUCUCUGGGGACGUAAACGGUCAAGUCAUGGCCUGGAGUGUCAACUGUCACGCUAAAGAGUGUCUGAUGACCUUCAGCCACCCAAACAGGGAGGUCAAAUCUCUGACCCUUGUGUACCUGCGUGUUGUUACUGGCUGCGUGGACGGGAAGAUUCGUAUAUUUAAUUUCCUCACUGGAGACUGUUUGAGAGACAUCACAGCAGAGGCUGAAACAGGCGGUUUACUGUCCCUGCACUUCCAUGACAACAGUAUAUUAGUGAACACAACAUCCAGUGUGAGGCUGUACCAGUUCGCCAAAGUGUUCUGGGAGUCAGCAGAGAGAAGCCAGGGCGAUGUGCCAGCUCAGGAUGGUUCAGUUUCUGAGAAAUGUGCAGCUUCACUCAGAAAGUUUCCCUGCACCUCUUUCGAGGCAGAUCACAAAGCACAGGUGGCUUCACCCAGCCGAAAGAUGCACGACUGUGACAGCAAGAAGCCAGAGAGAGCAGAGCUGCGUUACCACACCCGCUUCCUGUUUACCCCCACUAAAUGCCAAACACAAGUCAGUGGUGGGGCUGCUAAACAGUCAGUGAUUCUUAGCGAGAAGGCAACGUGUGAACGGAUGAAGAAGAGAGGUCUUCAUCAUCCUCUGACACGUGACUCCAUCCUCCUCAGAGUCAGUGCCAUUCAGAGGGCGCAGUGCACGGAUGAAGUUAGCAUCAACAUGGAGUGCAAUGCAAGGCUGCGUGAUUCCUGGGGUCCUCGCAUGACUCAGGAUCCUCUACACUCUGACAUCCAGGCCCUGAAACACAGGAGGGCCAAGACCUGUGUCCAUAUUCUGCAGAGAGGCACCAGUCAAACUAUAACAAACACAGAUGUCACCACUGCUCCUGACACCACGAGGAGACACCAUCACUGCUUAUUUUCUAAAGAAACACAGACUCACACUGCUGACACACAGAGGGCAAUCAAGAGGGUCGGUGCUAAAGAGGGGCCACAGGCUCCGGAGCGCAUUCUCACGAAGUCACUACCAAAUCUAGAGUACGGCAUAAAAACUGCUACCAGCUUACCCAAGAUUAACCCUUUUGGACCCAUUCAGAGAGCAGGGGUGAUUCAGGCUGGAAGACGAUGUCCAGUCCGAGAGGGAACUCAUGCAGAGAUGUGA